AUGGAAAUACCUUUAGAUAGGCAAUAAAGUUUAUUAUGCUAGAUAGAGUAUUAGAAAUAGUUUCCCUUAUGUGAAAAGACGGUUUAUAGUUUAAUAACUAUUUUUUAUUGCAUUUCUGCCGUCUUAAUCAUACAAAAUUAGUAAAUAUAAUAACAAACUCAGUUGUAUUGAUCCUUAAUGCUAAACAUCAUAAGUUUUUGCUGAAACAAUAGUAUACUUAUUUGUUGGAGCAAUCAUUUUAAGAUUAUUAAUAAUAAUCGUUUUGGUUAUAUCAUAUAUGAGUCAGAGAGCAUUAGUAACUACUAUAAUUCUUGAAUAGAAAUUGAAUGAAGCAGAGUUUUUUAUAACGAUAGUGUAAAUAUUAAGUAUUUUAAUAGAUUCAUGUUUUUUGCAAUCAUCUUCUAUAUAGGAGCUGAAAAUUGUCACAAAAUGUAGAUUGGGUAUGCUUUUGUCUUCAUCUUAACAUACGUGAUAGUUAGAUUGAUGUGCUUACCAAAUGGAGUAAUCAACUAUUUUGAUGGUGAAUACUUUUGA